AGACAUGUGGAAAGUCGAUGUAAUCGACAAUUUAUAACCCAUGAUCGAGAAAAUUUUAGGCGUUAUAGCCUUAUCUCUCGGGAAAAAAGCGACUGUUUAUGCUGUCGGAAGGGUGAGUACCAUCUAUCCUUAUUUUAAACAGUCUUAUGAUCAUUGCAUCCCCCGAUUCGUCGUGAGGUGUCGCGUGCACCUUACCUUGAUCGAUACGCUUGCUGAAUUCACCAUUUGAUAUAUUUCCCGUUUGCUGAGAAAACCUAGGGUCAUUAGGUAGUUUAACAAUUACUUAAAGAAAUGGCUGAGUGUUUUUGUCUUUGCGGAGUAUUAAAUGAAAAGGGUAGAAAGGUUACUUUCAUUUUUGGAAUGAAUUUUAUAAUUGUGGUGAUGUAAUACUGGCUAGAUUUUACAGAGGCUAUAAGUUAAGCUUAUGGGUAUAAAUACUGAGGCUUAGUUCUAAUGUUCAUUUUAUACUGGUAGAUGCCGUUGGGGAUUUUUUUCAGCGGCAGGGAAUACAAUUUUUUUUUAUCUGACGUAGAAACUCGUUGAAAUCUGGGCUGAAGUGUAAGAUAUUCAGACAUGUAGGUAAAGACAACUUACAUGUAUCAGUCAGAUCAAAGUAUGGGUGUUUCAGUGACUCAGCACUGUCCGAUGGACAAUAGAGCCAAAGAAAAUUGAAAGAUGUGGCACACCUAUAGGAAACAGAGCUGGAUUGUGAGGAGUUUCUCAAUAGUGGCAGAGCCACUAGAAUUAUAAAGUUUCAUUUUAAUGGGAGCCGCUGAGCCAUUUAAAAGAGUUGCCCUGUUAUUUGUGCUUGUGACAAAAUUGGUAACCAUGCAAGCCUGUUCUUCUUUCUUGCAAGUAAAGUAGAUGCUGUAUGAAAGCAGGAUUUUCUUUAACAGGGCAGGAGAAAACCCAUGUCCAAUUGCAUGGGGCAAGUGAAUUUUGAUCUUGGGCACAUGAACAUAGAAGCUUGGUCACCCAGUCAUGCAAUUUCGUUCCCAGGCAGGACAAGGGUAGCGCAGACUCUGGGAACGAGAUUGGUCGCCCAGUGGGCAAUUGAUCAUGUAACUCUGUCUGAAAGUGUCAGCUUAGCAAAUGAUAAUUUCCAGACAGAAACUAUUUCAAAACUGAAGACUGCAAGAUAAGUGGCACAAUAAUAUUAGUUGAAUAUGAAUUCUGUUACUCCUGGGAUCACCAUAUUGGUCAAUUCCAGUAGUUUCUCUGUAUCUGACACAGCAUUGAAGUACUAGUAGUUUUAUACACUUUGUUAUAACCUAUACCCUAUUAUAGAAAGUACUUUAGAACUAUAGAGGAUAGGACAUUGUAUUACUUUUAGGCAAGUAAUAUUUCAGUAGGGGCAAGUGAGAACUGAGUAGGCAAGUGGAUUUCAAUUUUUUUCCUGCCCUGCAUAAGCUUAUGCAAGUGGCAAAAAUUGAAGUUCUAGUUGCCUUGAAACUACCGGCUACUUACAGAUUUCAAGCAUUUUUCUUUACACUUUGUUUGAAGACCUGAUUAAUACUUGAAGAUGUGCAAAAAUCAAUGUGUGGUAGUGAUAAACAUCCAAAUAUUUCUAUUGUUACAGAAAAAAACACACAUAUUUCCAGAUAUUUCAUGUAAUUAAUCUCUUUCUGGAUGCCAAGUGCAUAUUUGUUGUGUGAGGUUCUUUUGUAGUUUCCUCUUGCAUGCUACUGAAUAGGAUCCCUUAGGAUUUAAUACCACUGUCUGUUUUUUUUUUUUGACUGACCACUAAAUACAGAUGAACCUCCACAUGCGACCACCUUCCUAAAACACCAAAAAUGUUCUCAGCCAAAGCCUUUUAAUGGACCCUCUCGUAAACAACCACCUCCCGUAAGCGACUGCGACCACUUUUACAGCUGACAGUUUUAGAAUUUUCUAUUGAUUUCAUCCUCCCGUAAGCAACCACUUGACACAUCGUCUUCCUAAACAGUGAAGUACAUAAUUUUUGUGAAAAUGGACAAAAAGGAAUUUAUUCUUUGGCUGUCAUAUUUGUCUACGCAUCUAUUACUGUGUUUAUUAGUUCAAUCUAUAACAACAAUAUUAACCAUUACCCUUGAGAAAAAGACUUAAAUUUCCAAGUUUCAGUUUAAGAAGUUAAGUUUUUGUUCAUCAGAAGUUUUAGGCACAUUUCUGUACAAGAAGUUACGUACACAAGUAAAAUUCUUUAACCACAAAUUUAUAAUGCACAACAUCUAAUUAAUUGCACUUCCGUAAAUGAACUAUCACAUAGAAUAGCUGAUGAUUUUGUCAUAAAAAUUACCAUUAAUUGUCAGGGGAAAGUAAACUUUCAGUAUUUUUUUAGAAUGAAAUUAAUAUACCACUCCAUUCUAGGUUGACUUAAGAAUUUCAUCCUUGUGGUCCGACUCUCGUAAGCAACCACCAAGCCUUUGUAUUUUGGGUGGCCGCUUACGGGAGGUUCGACUGUAUAUUAGAAUUGGCUACCAGUUAAAAAUAUUUGGAAGUGGCUCCUAAAACAGGCUAUGUAAAAGAAAGGCAAUGUUGGUAGAUAAAGGCACCAGAAAAAAAACCAAGGACAAAUAAUAUAUUAUAGUGAAACAUCUUCUGUAUUAAAUUAAUCUAUGGAUUGCUAUGCAAGCUCAAAAUUAGAACCUGCAGUGGGUAAUGCCAAAGAAAGUAGGUUGUCUUGUCUUAGAAAGUCACUUCCAUAUUUGUAACUUUUUAAUAAAAGUAAAUACAGUGGAACCCCAAUAACCCGAACUCUGAAGGGAAACAAAAAACAGUGCGAGUUAGCAGUGAAUUCAAGUUAUGGGGUAAAUUUCAGUGAAAUUUUGAUCAAGGGAAGGGAAAUUGAGUUCGAGUUAGCAGGGAAUUCAAGUUAUUCGAGUUCUAGUUAUCUUCUGCUGUAGUAAGGUUACAUGGAACAUCUCAUUUGCAAAAAAUAAUCUCUAAGGAACGUGUAUGCAUACACAUGCUUAUACUGUAAUUAUGUAUUUUUUUUUUGAAGUACUAUGGAUUUCCACGACUUUAUAGAAGAUUUGCAGAAUUUAACCGAAGAGUGACCUCAGACAGACAGGUCAUUAGAAGGCGACAAGAAGCCAUGAAAUUUGUAUUUAGAAUUCCAAACAAGAUUGUAGCAUAUUUCAGGUAG